GACACCGAGUGAGGCAGGUAACCAUCACCUUCUGCACCAGGAGAUCCCCAGGAACCAUGAAGCUGCAGCUGCCCAACCCAGGUCUGGAGGAGCGGAUCCCGUCCCACCAGGAGCUGGAGAAGAUGGAGGUGGAGGAGGCUGGGGACAGACCCAAAUGGGACAAUAAGGCUCAGUACAUGCUGACCUGUGUGGGCUUCUGUGUGGGUCUGGGUAACGUCUGGAGAUUCCCCUACCUGUGCCAGAGUCACGGAGGAGGUGCGUUCAUGAUCCCGUUCCUGAUCCUGCUGGUCCUGGAGGGAAUCCCCCUGCUGCACCUGGAGUUUGCCAUCGGCCAGCGACUCAGGAAGGGCAGCGUGGGGGUCUGGACGGCCAUUCAUCCCUACCUCACCGGUGUGGGAAUCGCAUCCAUGUUUGUCUCCUUCCUGGUUGGACUGUACUACAACACCAUCAUUGCCUGGGUCAUGUGGUACUUCUUCAACUCCUUCCAGGAGCCGCUGCCAUGGAGUCAAUGUCCUAUCAAUGAAAACAAAACAGGCCUGGUGUCAGAGUGCGCCAGGAGCUCCCCAAUGGAUUACUUCUGGUACCGGGAGACCCUCAAUAUCUCAACAGCCAUAGAGGAUUCUGGGGGCCUGCAGUGGUGGAUGGUCCUGUGCCUGAUAUGUGCCUGGACUGUGCUCUAUGUCUGCUGCAUCAGGGGCAUUGAGACCACUGGCAAGGCUGUGUACGUGACUUCCUCCCUUCCCUACGUCGUGCUCACCAUCUUCCUGUUGAGAGGUUUGACCCUCAAAGGCUCUCUGAGUGGCAUCAAGUUCCUCUUCACCCCAAAUAUGGACGAACUCAUGAAUCCAACUACCUGGCUGGAUGCUGGUGCCCAGGUCUUUUAUUCAUUUGGACUAGCUUGGGGGGGUCUGAUCUCCUUCUCCAGCUAUAACCCAGUCCACAACAACUGUGAACGUGACGCUGUGACUCUUUCAGUGAUCAACGGUCUCACAUCUGUUUACUCAGCUACUGUCAUCUACUCCAUCAUUGGCUUCCGCGCCACAGAGAAAUAUGAAGACUGUUUUGGAAGAAACAUCAUUUCACUGAUGAAUGCUUUCAAUCUACCUGAAGGCAUCAUCACAAAACAUAAUUAUGAAACCACUCUACAGAAUCUUAACAGCACAUCUCCACAGAUCAUCCAAGGUCUGAAACUGAAGACUUGUAAUAUGAAGACAUUUCUUAAUGAGGGUGUCGAGGGCACCGGUCUGGCCUUUAUCGUCUUCACAGAGGCCAUCACCAAGAUGUUUAACAGAGACAUUGAGUUCAUGAUUGGACACAAGCCCAACAUCUUCUGGCAGGCGACGUGGCGGCUCAUAAGUCCCCUCAUCGUGCUGGUCAUUUUCGUGUUCUACCUCAUCACCAAGCUCAGUGUGGAGUUCACCUACAUCGUCUGGGAUCCAGCCUCAGAAAAUUUCCCCACCAUGCUAAAACGGACUUACCCUCACUGGGUCCACCUUAUAAUACUCAUCUUGGCCGGCGUACCGAGCCUUACGGUACCAUUUGUUGCAACCAUUAAACUUCUGUGGAACUUCAUGAAAAGGAAAGAUGAUGACCAGAAAGCUGAUAUCGUGACUCUCACAAAGUCAGAAAAAGACACUAAACACCAGAAAAUGACCACCGAUUCCAUUCAACAGCAGUUUUAGAAAGUUUUAUCGUCAAUCAGCCAGAGUCCAUACUUAUAAACUGGACAGGUGCAAUAUCAUUUAUCAGUAUCAAUAUCUAGGCAGUUAAUUAUUUGGAGCGUUAGUGGAAUAAAUAUUUUAACUGUA